AAAAAAAAAGCAACAGUAACAGCCACAACACAAGACUCACUACUGUUCUCACAACACGGCUCACCACUAUUCCCACAACACAACAUUAGCGUACUCUGUUUGACUCUCUCUCUCUCUCUCAACCAACAAUCAUCAAUCAUGUACUCCGCAUCAACCAUUAAAUCCGUGUACAAGCCUCCGUUGCCCAGAUCUCCAAUUCGCCUUCGACCCUCUCAUGCUGCUCAUUCAUCAAACUCUAUUGCUCUUCAAACGCCACCAGGUUCCUUGACCAAAUCUCAGAAACCGGUUCUCUCCCCGAACAUUCGACCCGAAUACCGUACCAUUUCGUGCGAGUUAUGGGCUCUGACCAAGAUGGUUCGUGACGAAUUCAGCAAAGUGAAUUCGGAGAAAGCUGCCACGAAUUCAAGUGUUCUGUUCGAGAGAGGGAGAUUCUAUGACGAGUAUUCCGCUAGAAGGAACGAAAGGCUCAUGAGAAAGAAAGGAGUAACUGCUGUUGAUGAAGGUAAGGCUAAGCCCGUUCGCUCUCUUGGGGUUACCAUGGAAUCUGGAAAAAAGACUAGUGUCAGAAAAAUGGGAACUUUGAGGAAAUCUAUCUCUGCGGCUUACUCUUCUGGGGUGAGUGGAACACCAAGGUACAUGCUCAGAAGCAUGACUAAGGAAAAUAAGAAACCUCCUCUUGCUGCAAAAUUUGACAAAUCUGUUGUUGCUGGAGAGAAGAAGAUGGGAACAAGAGGAAGAAGGAUCUAAACCUAAUAGUAUUUUGAUUUAUUUUUUGGGGGGAAGGGGGAGAUAUUGAGAACUCGAUUUAAUUUGAUGUUUAGGGUUGAAUCUUGUUCUCUAUUUUGGUUUAUAGUUUGGUCAUUUUACUUACAUUUCAAUGGAUCGUUACAGUUCAUUUGAAAUCAUCUUUGUGAUUCACAUAUGAUAGUAAAUGCAUCCAUUAUAUGUUAGCAUUUAUUUUUUCUCUGGC